GCCGCACACUCAUCCGACUGCUCUGUAGACCAUUCAAAGGCACCGACAAGAAUCGAGGCAGAGGACAUCUGCCGCCGCUUUUCCUCUGACAUUUUAGCCUGGCCGAUGGGCGUGGCGCUAAUGCCCCGAAAAUCGCGUGCAGCAGUUCGGGAAUACGCGCGUGGCCUUGAAGCGGGAAGUCUAGGGGUGCAGCUUAGGGGGCAUGGGCUGUUAUGGACUUCGCAUUGCGUGGCGAAAGGCGCGCACGAAGUCACUCGAUGAAUUUCCACUGGACAAUCCACCAUCAAGUGGCGAAAUGGCGUUCGGAGCAGAAUGGUUGCACGGUGGCGGUAGGCUUGUAGCGAUGGCACGGAUCAGAGACCGGACCGCGUGGUUGUUCUUCGGCGGCCGGCACCCGAUUCAAGUUCGCAAAAGGUUGAGAAGGGAGCAAGCGUGUUGGUGCCUCGACACAGCAGCACGGAUACAGACAUGCUCGGAGCAAGGAAGAAGGAGAUUGCGCCAAGCGUCGGAGGACACGCGGUUUAGGCAUGAGCUUGCAGCUGAGACCUGUCCAUCGCUCAUCACCAGAGUCAUCAAGGGACAGCAGGUGAGGGAUUGCAAAUACGCGGCAGGGUCCUCCGGCCUCCCCCCGCGUGCUGCUGCAUGCCUGAAUUGUUUGGCUCGAAGAAAGCGGUCAAAUGCGUGGAGAAAAGUCAAGGCGGGCGUGCGGAGCUAAGGCAAUUUGAUCGAGGCUUCAUUCCGC